GAGACAGGAGAAAAAGCCGUAUAGGAAGAGAAGCACAACCGUGGGUGCCCGCCGCAACGAUGAACGGUUCGCCACGCUCACGACAACCGCAGAUAAGCCAUCGAACUAUGUCCUGAAUAGCGGUUUAGAUAGCUGGGAUUGUGCACCGACCAUACAGGGGCAAAAUAUGUCCGCCUCGGUGGGGCCCCGCGGCGGCCCUCGCCCACCCACAGCGCAGAGCUCCAUGCCCGAUCUACCGGACCUCAGUCACCUCACAGAGGAGGAGAGGAAAAUUAUUAUGGCUGUGAUGAUUCGGCAGAAGGAGGAAGAGGCAAAGGAUGAGGCCAUGCUCAAAGAGGAGAAACCCAUACAAGCAAAAACGGUGAACCUGGUCGGAAACAAGAAACCACCUCAGCAGAACGACAUCAGUUUGCACCAGCAGUUUGCCAACUACAAGGAGCAGGUGAGGCGGAUUGGGCCGGAGCCCCCCCAACAGAGGCAGCAGGGCCAACACAAGGAUGACGCCCCCACCUGUGGCAUCUGCCACAAGACCAAGUUUGCUAAUGGCUGCGGAAACCUGUGCUCCUACUGCCAGACUAAGUUCUGUGCCCGCUGUGGGGGAAGGGUCUCUCUGCGUUCCAAUAAUAAGAAAGAGGACAAAGUGGUAAUGUGGGUAUGUAACAAGUGCCGAAGGCAACAGGAUAUGCUCACUAAAUCAGGAGAGUGGUUUCCCAGCCAUGGGCCCAAGGCUGGAGAGCUUGGGUCAGCAGUGAGUGAACCGGCCAUGUGUGGAGGUCCCGUUGGGGAGAAGAAGGCGCGCUCUAGGUCUCAGAACCCUCUCGACUCCUCCGUUUCCACUGCCCAUAACACCCAGCCACAUGCCCCGACCGACCCCAGAAAACGCCUUUCUACAGGGUCAGCUGACACGCUGUCAUCGCGCUCACGUAGUGAGCCUCCACAAGAAAGAAAAAAGCCACCAGCAGCCUCUGAUCAGAAUGGCAAGCUAGGGCCAAGAGGUGAGAGGCGGCGAGGCCUAUCCAAAAUUCACUCUGAGGAGCGAGAUACUGGAGAAAAUCGGAGAGAAAGUCGAAAACUGAUGAAGACUCGCUCUCAGGAGCACGACAGUCCUGAGACCAGGAGGACUGAAGCGGAGCAGAAACCACCCAGGGAACAGUGCAGGACUGACUCAAAUGCUUCCCAUCAUCCGGCCAAGCUCCGGCCAGUGGAGCCUGAUGGACGUAUGCAUCCUAAACCGAGGGAGGCAGGGGAGAUGGUGCAGGACAACAGAGGUGCACGUAGAUGGGCAGAUGGGCGGCAGGCCUCGCUGGAGUGCCAGCAGCAGGCCUACGCCCCAGAGAGGACCUUGGGGGGUACAGGUUUGCAGGGUGCACCUGUUGUGCAGGGUCCUCCUCCUAAAACGAACCACACCCCACAGCCGCCUGCUCCUGGGUUCAGGGUGGGCCCUGCCAUGCCUGCAGGCCCACCUGAGCUCAGGGAGCCUCAGGAAUGGGACAGGAAGUUGCAGCCGAGCCACCUGGACCCCGGCUCAGCUGCGCUGUUGCGCAAAUCUAAACGUCAAAAAGCUGAGAGCAUGCUGCGCAAUGAUUCGCUCAGUUCUGACCAAUCGGAAUCUCUACGACCGCCCCCGCCCCGCCCCUACAAGAGCAAACGGGGAGGAAACAAAAGGCAGAUAUCUGUUAGCAGCUCGGAGGAGGAGGCCGGUUCCACACCGGAAUACACCAGUUGUGAAGAUGUGGAGAUCGAGAGCGUCAGUGAGAGAGGGGACUGGGAGUGCUGUCCACUGGACCCCACUGCGUGGCAUCAUCCGGUUACAUGGCAGCCCUCCAAGGAAGGUGAUCAUUUAAUUGGCCGAAUCACAUUGAGCAAGCGAACAGCCAUGCCAAAAGAGGCUGGGGCUCUGCUAGGGCUAAAGGUGGUUGGGGGGAAGAUUACAGAAACUGGGAGACUUGGGGCCUUCAUCACCAAAGUCAAGAAAGGAAGUUUAGCUGAUGUGGUGGGUCAUCUACGGGCCGGUGACGAGGUGCUUCAGUGGAAUGGUAAAUCAUUACCUGGAUUAACCAAGAAAGAAGUUUACAAUAUCAUCUUGAAUUCCCAAACAGAACCACAAGUUGAGUUAGUAGUAUCAAGGCCAAUAGGUGAUAUACCACGAAUACCAGAAACAUCACACCCUCCAUUAGAAUCUACAGGUUCAAGUUCCUUCGAAUCACAGAAGCUGGAAAGACCCUCUAUAUCUGUCUUGUCCCCAUCCAGCCCGAGUGGUCUUAGAGAUGCCCCUCAGCUACUGCCUGGACAGCUGUCGGUGAAAAUAUGGUACGAUAAGGUCGGGCAUCAGCUGAUAGUGAACGUAUUGCAGGCUAUCGACCUGCCACCCAGAUCAGAUGGACGACCCAGAAACCCCUAUGUCAAAAUGUACUUCCUGCCAGAUAGAAGUGAUAAGAGCAAGAGAAGGACGAAGACAGUAAAGAAAAGUCUGGAGCCCAAGUGGAACCAGACAUUUGUGUACUCUCAUGUCCAUCGCCGGGAUUUCAGAGAACACAUGCUGGAGAUUACUGUGUGGGACCAACCCAGAAUACAAGCAGAGGAGAGUGACUUUCUGGGAGAAAUCCUAAUCGAGCUGGAGACUGCCCUGCUGGAUGACAAGCCUCACUGGUACAAGCUGCAGACACAUGAUGUCUCUUCCAUCCCACUGCCGCACCCGUCGCCAUACCUGCCCCGCAGACACGGACACACAGAAACACCCACCAAAAAGCUGCAGCGCUCGCAGCGUAUUACAGAAACUGAUUGUGAUGAUGGUAUUGGUGUAGUCGCCACAGCUACAGAGAACCGAUCAAGAGAAAGAGAACGGGAAAGAGACAGAGACCGAGCAACUACACUAGAGGUUCCACACCAGAUCAGGCCAACUCAGUAUCGCUCACGAUCUGUGUCCCCACACAGAGAGGAGAGCAGGGAACGGUCCCGCCCGGCCAACGUCCCUGCACAGAGGAGUCUGGAUGAGGUCCAGCACAGCCGGCGAUCCCGUUCCCCAACACGCUACCACGAUCGUGCCCGUGUGCAAGAGAGAGAUUACGUAGAUGACAGUAAUUGCAGUGAGGUCAUCUUGAUACACAGAUCAAUGCGGGGUAGAAGCGCAGAGUGUCUGCACACCCAAAGUGAUCUCCAGCCCUCUCUUGACAGGGUUAGAAGUGCUAGUACCAACUGUCUGAGACCAGGUUCUAAUUCCAAUUCACCUGAACGAGACAGGAGCACCCAGUCUCUGCCCCGUACCAGACCCAUGAGCCCCAGGAUCCUAAUUCAGCAUGCCUCCCCAGAAGACGACAGCUGGGUUUUGGAGGCUAUGUUCCCCGCUCAGGAGACAGUUCACCACCUCAGUGCAAAGCCUGACGCACAGAGGCAGUCGAGAACUCUGGACAAGCCUAGCUGUCAGAAACGUGGCAAGAAAAUAUCUGACAGCGAGCGGGUGCAGCCACACUCCAGCUCCAAAUUUUCCUCAUCAACAGCGGCCCCUUCUUCGACACGCAAGAUCAGACAGCUUCCUCAAGUCCCUGCCAAAAGCAGCAGUGUAGAGCAAGCUCUUGCUUCAGAGGAGCGAACGCGGCAAAUGAAAGUACGUACCUUCCAAACACCAGCUCCCUCCAGUACCAGCCACGAUCUGGAGAGGACGCUCAAGAAUAAAAGAGAGCUUUAUAAGGAGCAGCGACAGAGCAGUGAAAAUGUAUCCCAUAAGUCCUCAGACAGUGAUGUCAGUGACGUGUCAGCCAUCUCUCGUGCCAGCAGUGCCUCGCGGAUCAGUAGCACCAGCUACAUGUCCAUUCAAUCAGAACGACCCAGGGGUCAAUUUAGCCGUCAUAUCCAUCCAUCCAGCCGCAGCAUGCUGAAGAGUACGAGCGUUAGUGGGGAAAUCUACACUCUGGAGCGUACGGAUGGCAGUCAGUCAGACACCGCUCUGGGAACACUGGGAGCAGGAGGGAAAAAGCGCAGAUCCAGCCUUAGCGCACGUGUGGUCGCCAUCGUGGGCAUUCCCUCCCGCCGCAGCAGAAGCACCUCUCAGCUCAGUCAGACAGAAGCAGCCAACAAGAAAGCAAAGGGAUCCAGUAAGAUCCAGCGCAGUCAGGAGACGGGAAUGGCAGUGGAGUAUCCCCGCAAUGUCAUGGCUCGCCAAGCCAGUCGAGAGUCCACUGACGGCAGCAUGAACAGUUACAGCUCUGAGGGCAAUCUGAUCUUCUCAGGGAUGAGGUUAGGGGCCGACAGCCAGUUCAGUGACUUCCUAGAUGGACUUGGCCCUGCUCAGCUGGUGGGCAGACAAACACUUGCCACGCCGGCUAUGGGAGAUGUUCAGAUUGGACUGAUAAACAAGAAAGGGCACCUGGAAGUUGAGGUUAUCAGGGCCCGUGGUCUUAUACCUAAACCAGGUUCCAAAUCGCUGCCGGCUCCCUAUGUCAAGGUCUAUUUGCUGGAAAACGGAGCGUGCAAAUCAAAAAAGAAAACCAAGAUUGCACGGAAAACGCUUGAUCCCUUAUAUCAGCAAUCGCUGCUGUUUGAAGAAAGUCCGCAGGGUAAAGUUCUUCAGGUAAUAGUCUGGGGAGAUUAUGGCCGCAUGGACCACAAAUGUUUCAUGGGAGUCGCCCAGAUUCUUUUAGAGGAGCUGGAUCUUUCUAGCACCGUGAUCGGUUGGUACAGACUGUUUCCCCCUUCAUCACUGGUCGACCCCACGUUAGCUCCUCUCACUCGUCGUGCUUCCCAGACCUCGCUGGACUCUUCAGGGCCGCCGGGCAUCAGGUCCUAGUGAACGGACAGGAAACGCACGACCCAGUGGACCAAUCAGAACCAGAGCGGCAGAUAAAGAGACAGAUGGACAGAAUCAUGAUCAAAGCUUUGCUGAAGCCUGACAAUCACUUCUCUCUUUUACUUUUGAGCUUUGGGUUGUAGAGAUUUCCUUUGAUCCACUCUGCUCCUUUACUGCAUGUUUUGUGGCUGAGGUGACGAUUCGACCCAAACAGAAAAGAGAAGGAAGGGAUAGGCAGACGAAAUGCGAUCCCGCUUCAGCCUACAGUGACACCGGUAGCCUAGAUUGCUCCGGUCAGUCAGCGCAUUUAUUUUCUCACGUUGACGAGAGUGAGAGGACAGCACUGCCUCUCCUCUAUAUUGCACUUUCAGGAAGCCCCUCUGCUGAAAGACCAGAGGUCAAGGGUUAAAGGUCAAGAUUUAGUCUUCUCUGAGAGUUUCCUCUCUGCAUCAUGGAUAUUGCAUCCAAGGUCCCGCCGUGUGCCCGUCUGGCACGAACUCAGACUCAGAUUGUGUGACUGUGGCGUGUGUGUGUGUGUGUGCGUGCGAGAGUGUGCGUUUGUGUCUAAGAAGGCAGGGAGACACCUGAGAACCUUUUAAGUCUGUUUACAGCAGUCGCCACCGACUGCUUUGCCUUUUCACAUUAAUGUUGAUUUGGUAAAUAGGCACACUUUGUAGAAUGUGAAAACAUGCUUCAUGGAAGACACAAAGCCACUUGUAUUCGAUUCACCGGGACUGUAAGAAGCUGCCACUAUCAUUUAACAGAAAACAUUAGCUCACUAACACGUCCGAUUUCCAGGUUUCACGCGAUCACCAAUCAUAUCUUACAGGCAAUUCCAAGCACUUUUAAUUCUAUUCCAUUUGGUAAAGGACCUGUACAUACCGAUAUUAGAAUUUCUACCCGAAUAGAAUUUACAUUAUUUUAAUGCAAGCACAAAUGCUUGAUUUUUGAACAAAAAAAGAGAAAAAGUUCAAGCUUUGGGAGAUUAAAAGUAAUACAAAAAAAGAGGCCAAAAAUCGGAAGCUUCCUAUUUUUAGCAGUUUGUCAUCAGUUCAGUUGAUUAUAAAACCAAUCUCACAGAUCCCCCCCUGAGGAUCACAUUUUGAAUGUGACAGUGAGAUGUCCCAACAAGGGGAACAGACGCCACCAACGAGGGGAACAGCAUGAAUCUGGAACUGUUCCAAGCUGCAUGCACAUUUUGUAAAACAAGACAGAUGAGAAAAAAAAGAGACUACAUUAAGUGUGUGUUAGUUCCACAAACUGUAGGCCAGCUUGUAUGUUGCAUGUACUUGUACAGUUUGCUUGUACUUGAUAUAAACAGAUUAUCAAAUAAAACGAAGCCAUUCAUUCCAUGUGUGGGCAUUUGGCCGGGUUCUGCCAUACACACAGGCCUUAUUUUGGGGCUGAAUGUCUAUAAGAAUUUUUUUAAUAGUUUGAUUUCCUUUCCUUUUUUUUUUUUUUUUUAACCCUGGACUAAUAAAUAAGUGCCGUACUGUAGUAAUGAGUGAAAAUAAGGCCCUAUUUUAUUGAAGAUGUUGGUAUUCACUGUAGUCUGUACUACUGUGGGGCUAAAACUAAGGUAGAUUAUCUGUAUAAAAACUAGAGCUAUCUAUAUAUGGAAUAUAAUUAUGAAAAUCACAAUGACUUAGAGAUAUAUCGAUAUUGAAACAGAGUGUAUCAAGUAAACAUCACUUACGUACAUGCAUAUAUUGUAAAUAUGAGUCUGCAAAGAAGUUUACUUAUAUUUACAAAGUGGCCCCAUUCAAGUUAAUGGAUCAGUGAUCUGUCUCUUGGUUCUGCUGAGCGGAAGAAGGGAUGCCUCCAAAGUUUUAUUUUAGUGAUGGCCAAUCUGAUGAGAGAAAUUUGGACCUCUAUCGAUCUGAUGCAUUAGCAAAAAUGCUCACGAAUCCUCGUUUCAAUGAGAAGUUUACUUUAAAUGCCUGGUUUCGGCAGACUUAUUUACUUUGUCAGUAUUAUUCAAGGAUACUGAUUGUUUACAGUUCGUGUGUUCCACUGAAACAAAAUUGAAAGUAUUCACUGCAACAUUUCUUGUUUGUACAGCAGACGUGGCUCAAAUAAUGUGUAUGUUUUAUAUUCAAGAGUUCAUUUUUAUUAUUUACAAAUAAAAGACUGUGUGGAAGAAAA